GAGAGCUCGGCGCAUGCGCACAGCGGGUGCUCGGCGCCCCCCGGCGGGUGGUGGCGGGGCAGCGGCUGGCUGGGGUAUCGCUGAGUGAAGUAACGCGGGCGCGCCCCCACGCGUGGUCUUCGCCCCAUGUCGGCCCCGCGCGGAUGCGGGCGUUGGCGGGGCGCUCGCGGCCUGGCCUGGAUGCCCUCGUCCAGCCGGGGCCGGACGGGAACACCUGCAUGCCGCUCCCCAGCCUAAGCAGGGAUCCGCGACAUGGAGGGGAACCGAAUGUUCUCACUGAUACCUCUGCUGAUAACUGCCAACACGCCUUUUGGUGACAAGCGUUUUUAUUUCUCAUCUGAACUCAUACUUGUCCAUUCUGCACCCCUUGCAGUGCUGCGUGGCUGUCCUGAAGAGAAGAACCGUCCCACUUCCAGAAAAGGGACAGCUGAAGGUGAUUUGAAGGCAUUUUGGACACAACUGGAAAGUAGGAGAGUGGAUCUCAUAUUUGAGCAGGUGCAAGAAGUACUGCUGCUGCUAAAGGAGAAGAUCAAGAAUGGAACUGCCACAAACCAAGAAUGCCGGCAGGCUUGGACACUGGUAAACGAAGCUGAUCUGGGUGAUCUUUUAACGUUGACAAAUGUAAAUGAUGUUCUUGAUGAAGGGGAUACAAAGGAACCCAAACCUAAACCACAGCAUCCUGUUAGAGAUGACAACAGUGGAAAUUCUGUAGAGGGUUCGCACAGCAAAAAGGAGAAGAUUGAAAAAUCGGACUCAGGGAGUGAAGAAAGAUCGAGUGAAAUUCAUCGUGCACCUUUGAAUCGCCGGUAUCGGAUCCACAAGUGCUCCAGUGCGUGUCUGUCCAACAGAGCAGUGAGCUCCUACAAGGGUGAAAAUCCUCUGAAGAUACCAAUACUGUUUCACUUUCAGAGACGCCAUGCGAAAGCAGACUGCCUUUCAAAGUCACUGGAUGUGCAUUACAAAGCUCCCUGUGGCAGAAGUCUGAGGAGUUUUCAAGAUGUUCAGAAUUAUUUGUUUGAGACAAAAUGUGAUUUCUUAUUUAUUGAUCACUUCUCUUUCAACACAUACGUCCUGUUGGGCAGGAACAUUGUAAAUCCAGAACCCCUCGUGUUUGAUCUUGAUAUUAGCAAUGGAGCUGAAUCUGUGCCUAUUUCCUUCUCUAAUGACAUUGACCGUGCCAGGUUACCUUAUUUCAAAUACCGGAGGGCAUCGUGGCCUCGUGGAUAUUAUCUCAACAAUUUAUCCAGCAUGUUUCUUGAUUCAUGUGACUGCACGGAUGGCUGCAUUGAUAGGUCCAAGUGUGCAUGUCUGCAGCUAACUGCAAGAGGCUGCCGUACUAAAGUUUCUCUGUCUCCUAAUACUAAAACGUCUCGUGGAUACAGUUACAAAAGACUGGAAGGGCCUGUUCCUAGUGGAAUUUAUGAGUGUAGCGUGUCGUGCAGAUGUGACAAGAUGAUGUGUCAGAACAGAGUUGUGCAGCAUGGUAUUCAAGUUCGGUUGCAAGUGUUCAACACAGAGAAGAAGGGUUGGGGUGUCCGCUGCCUGGAUGACAUCGACAAGGGGACGUUUGUUUGUACUUACUCAGGCAGGUUAAUGAGCAGAGCUGAAGUUCAGGAGUUGGGAGGUGCUGAUCAAGACUCGAAAGAGGAGAGCGCUGUGAAUGACAGAGAGCAAAGCUUUCUUUCCAAAAAAAGAAAACUGGACUCUAGCUGUUCAGAAUCUGAGAUUGAACUCGUGCACACUGGCAGAGAUGAUAUGCUUGAGCAGCAGGAGCCACCUUGUGACAAUGAAAGUGAAUCACCUCUAAUUCAUCCAAGGAAUUUGAAUACUGCAGCUGUGAGAAGGCUUGGAACUAGAAUAGCUGUUGUGGAUAAUCACCAGCUAAAAAUGGAGGUUGAUACUCUGGUGCACAGUGCCAGCUCAGAUGAAGAUAAUGUUUCUCAGCCUCAGCAUUCAAGCAAAGCAGAACUGACCAGUGGAACAAACAAAGAAAAAGAAAGAUCCAUCCAGAAGCAGAAGGAAGAAGAUCUGGUGGAAGUUGGACAGACGGAGCCUGCAGAAAUGGGCAGUGCAGAAUGCAAAAGGAAGAGUCUGUCUGUGAAGGCUGUUGCCUGUGGCAGAUUGGAUGUGCUGAAUGAUAAAUGCGUUGUGAAGCCAUCCACACCACAGAAAGCUAACUGCAAAGAGGAAGCUCACAGACAGUCAAAACAAGGCAUAUUUUGUGUGGAUGCAGACGGUGACAGGACGUUUCUGAAGAAUGCUAAUGAUGAAAAUAUCUAUGUACUAGAUGCCACAAAAGAAGGAAAUGUGGGUCGUUUUCUUAAUCACAGCUGCUGCCCCAAUCUCUUUGCACAGAGUGUGUUUGUGGAGACUCACAACAGAAGUUUCCCAUGGGUUGCUUUCUUCACAAACAGGCAUGUGAAAGCUGGAACUGAACUCACGUGGGAUUAUGGAUAUGAAGUUGGAAGUAUGCCAGAGACAGAGAUUUCCUGUUGGUGUGGAGUUCAGAAAUGCAGGAAGAAAACCCUGGGACUGCAGCCUCCAACUUCAGCAUCUUGCCAAAUUCCUAGGGCACCCAGAGACACCUCAUCCAACUGGGAGGACCAGGGCCUAUGCAUCUGCAGCGAUUUCAGAGCUCAGGGCUGUCGGCGGCGACGUCUCAGACAUUUGGUGCAUCUCACCUCAUGGGAGUGGGAAACUGAAGAUUUCUGCUGUGGACUUGAAGGGAAAACCACAAAUCUUCCUGUUCCAGGUGCUCUCCAGACGAUGGCCAAAAUGGUGAGAAGGACGUGUGCCUUCUGUUCAGAAGGGGAGGCUGCUUCUAUAAUGUACGUUGCCAAAGAGCAAAAUAUUGCAGCUCAUCAGAGUUGUUUGUUAUUUUCCUCUGGAUUUGUGGAAUCUGAAGAGUAUAACCCAGAAAAUCUAGAUUUAAGGUUUGAUGUGGAAUCCGUGUUGAAUGAAUUCAAAAGAGGAAAGCGACUGGUGUGCAAUUUCUGUCGCAAGAAAGGAGCCACAGUGGGAUGUGAGGAGAGAGCCUGCCGCAGGAGCUACCACUACUUCUGUGCCUUGUGUGAUGAUGCAGCCACAGAAACAGAUGAAGUAAAUGGAGUCUACCGAGUGUUCUGCUCAAAACAUGACCCAGGCAACAGGACCAAUCACUAUGAUGCAGCUAAUAAGAGGAAAAGACAUGCAUCGAAAUCUUCCACCACCACGGAACAAAUGAGGGCAGAAGAGACGGCAGAAGAAAACCGAUUACGGAUAUUAAGAAGGAAAAGCAGCAGACACAAAGUCCGAAUCGACUUUCUCAGGAAAUGCAAACAAGCAGGGCUUCUGGAUGACAUAUUUGAAGAAAUGUUGGACACCCUUCACUUGGCACAGGAAAAGCUGAUGGAUGACAACACUUCAGAGACAGAGUAUGAGGAGACGGUAAUAUCGCUCUUUGACUGCGGACUGUUUGAGAACAUACUGACAAAUAUUCAUUCAGGGACUGAAGAAAAAAUUCAAGAACUGCUGGAAAGCAGGAAAAGACUGGAUAACCAGAUUGAGCUACUGCAGGAGUUAAAAGAAGUUUCCCUGCCCUCCCAAGAGAGUACUGCCAGUACAUCCAGUACAGUGUCUGAGUAACCCCACAGCUGUCAGUCAUGGUGUCAGUACUCCACGUUUUCUGACGAUAGGAACCAUAUAGAGCACGUCUGGUCAGUGUGUGACUUCCUUUCCCCCAGGUUAGGGCCACAAGCAAAGACUGGAUGUUUUUACUCAUUUUUAUACCUCACUGUUGCAGUAACUUGAAGUUGUUACUCUUUAAAUUUUACUGUGGAUAAUUGUAUUAUACUUCAGCUGUAGUUUUUUAAAGCUGAAUAAAACCCUCCCCAAGGACUUUUUCCUUCAAAGACAAGGGACUAUCAUCAGCUGCCACUGAAAGGUUUUUCAAGUCACUUUAAUUGCAGCAGCCUCUCCUGCCUGUGUGAAGUGGCCACUUCCCUGUCUGCAUCUACACGGUGUUGUUUUAAGGACCACAGUGCUGCCCUGGCUUUCCAAAGAAGAUCAACUAGCAGGACUUGCACUGAGAGAAGUCAUUGGGAUUGUAAGCUGGAGGUUUUUAGAAGUGUUUUUUGAUUGAUAUUAGGUCUGCUGUAGCAGCAGUGCUAGAGUGAUGGCUGCAGGCAGACCAGAAGUGGUGAGGUACUACACUCCAAUCCAUGUGUACAGUAUAGAAUGGAUCAGACAAUGGGACUGUCUUUUUCCUUUCUU